AAAGAUAAACAUAUCAAAUAGCCAAGAAGAGGGCCUGAACUGUCAUCGUGUAAGGACAGACUAACAACACUUCCCUUCAAACUUUUUAAUUAAAGGAAAGAAAUCAAAAUUCUAUUUGUUUGGAACAUCAGAAGAUACGAGCUGAGAGUCACUAGCCUCCUUUUUUUCAAACUAAAUCUCAGAUUACCUCUUUUAUAUAGUUGACAUGGCUGAGAAAAGCAAAAUUUUGAUAAUUGGAGGCACCGGGUAUAUGGGCAAAUUCAUUGUGGAGGCAAGCACCAAACUGGGGCACCCCACUUUUGUAUUGGUCAGGGAAAGGACGGUUUCUGAUCCUGAAAAAUCAAAGCUGAUAGAGAGUUUCAAGGGCUCUGGAGUAACACUACUUUAUGGUGAUAUCUAUGAUCAUGAGAGCUUGUUAAGGGCAAUCAAGCAAGUUGAUGUUGUGAUCUCCACGUUAGGCACACAACAGCUAGCAGAUCAAGUAGGGAUAAUUGAAGCCAUCAAAGAAGCUGGAAAUGUCAAGAGAUUCCUUCCAUCAGAGUUUGGCAUGGAUGCAGAUCGUGUCCAUGCGGUGGAGCCAGCUGCAAGCAUAUUCAAGAUCAAGGCUAAAAUUCGAAAAGCAAUUGAGGCAGAAGGUAUUCCAUACACUUAUAUCUCAUCCAAUGCCUUUGCAGGGCAUUUCUUGCCAAAUUUAAUGCAGGAAAAUGCCACCGUUCCUCCUAGGGACAAGGUAGUCAUACUAGGAGAUGGAAUUCCCAAAGCUAUUUUUGUCCAGGAAGAUGACAUAGCAACUUACGCUAUUAAAGCAGCUGAAGAUCCAAGAACCUUGAACAAGAUUCUUUAUAUGAGGCCCCCUUCCAAUGUUUUGUCUUUCAAUGAAAUAGUCUCCCUAUGGGAGAGGAAACUUGGCAAGACCCUUGAAAAGAGCUAUGUUCCGGAGGAACAACUUCUUCAGACCAUUAACGAGUCACCUACCCCCUGGAAUUUCAUUUUGUCGUUCGGCCAUCCUAUGUUGGUGAAGGGAGAGGCUUCAAAUUUCGAGAUAGAAGCUUGUUUUGGUGUGGAGGCAUCUGAGCUUUAUCCUGAAGUGAAAUAUACUACUGUUGAUGAAUACCUGCAUCAGUUUGUCUAAAAUGUUAGCAAACAACACAGCAAAUGUGUAUGCUUAACAAAAAUAUGUGGCCAUGUUUAAAAUAAAAACAAUUAAAUGUAACCAUUUUCAUGGAGAUGAACAGCAGUUGUAGCUUGUCCUUUUUUUUUCUUUUUUGCAUGUAGGCCUUGUUUAUUCCACUUACCAUAUGCCUACAUUACUAAUUUAAACAUAAAACUUUUGAGCCCAAUAGGUCAAGCAAACUUUCAUUCCUGGAAUUCUCUGUUGAAUGUUG